AUGUGGUCAUCCCCACGAAUAAGAAGAAUCCCCUUGGUCAUCACCUUUCUCAUUGUACUCCCUGUCUUUUUCGUUCUGUAUCAGGAGUCACACUCGCUCUUUCUGUUCUACAACAUCCAUCCCUACCCAAAAUUCCGUGACGGAGCAUGCGGUUCAUGGGUGCCAGCACCUGAACGUGCCGCAGAGGCAGACAAAUGGAACCAGCCUGGCUGGUGCCGUCCGUAUACCUCACCAGCCAAUGGGGGACCCGAUGAGAAGGACAAAGAGAAUAAUAUCUGGAGAGUGAGAUCGGUCGCUUCGUGGGAGUGGGUAUUGGAGGAUGGGAAACCAAUGAGGGCGUGGGAUGCUGAAGCAUUCAUCGAGCGUGUGCUCAAGAGUCAUGGGGGGGUGGUAGUUAUUGGAGAUUCAGUGGCAGUCCAAAUGUUGUACAGACUUGAAACACUUCUUGGCACACAUCACGGAGAUUGGCCACAGACGAUUGCUCAGGAUACAAAGGUUGAUGAUAAAGGGAUGUACCUUCUCUCCUCAACACUCACCCUGGAGCCCGCGAACCCAUUUUUCAAAAAGCUUCUUGCAAAACCCUCACUCGCAUCAGUGCCUCGAUCACGAUUUUAUCGACCUUUCCUCACCUCCUACCACUCAGACGUCCUCAUGGAUGAAUCUGCACUCAACAUUACGAUGACCAAAGCCAGAAUGAUGGAGAUUUUGAACCCUACACAUCAUAUAUCCAAGGGCGAUUGGCGUCAAGGUCUGUGGAAUGCCAGUAAGGAAGAAGGAUGGCCCUGGGAACGCGAUACUAUUGUGGUCCUCAAUAGCGGCCCUCAUUGGACAACUUGGCCCCUUCAUCCUGCGACAGACAAGCACAUUAUCAAAGGUUAUACCACAAUGAUGGCUAGUGUACAGGAAUUUUUCGCCAGUCUGCUGCCCAUGCCUAUAAUGGCAUUCUUCUGUGCUACAGUGGCCGCACACCAAAACUGUAACGUCCAGUCAAGCCCGGUACCCGCCAACUUGACUACAGCGUCUGAUCCUGCUCCUCCUGGGGAUAAGCUCAGGUGGCACCUCUUUGCAACAUUCAACCGCAUUGUGCAGGAAUUCUUCUCAACCCCAAAAAUGCAGUAUUCAGAUAUAUGGGCGAUGACAGCUCAGAGACCUGACAGCCAUAGCGGUUGGCUUAAUGAUCAGUACAACUGUCUUCACAUUAGUCAUUUAUCAUUGGUGUCACCCCUCCAUUCCAGAGUGGUGGUCUAG